AGAUCCUAUAAAUACCUCUUUUUCUUACUCUCUAUCUGCGUCUGAUCCCCCAGGCAAAAAUGUGCCAACUCACUUCCCCUUUGUGUUGCAAAUGCACCAUAGAUCAAUCUUGCGAUCUUAUCAGCCCAGUUUCUAAGACCCGAGAACCCGACAUGUCCACUGCUUUGAUACUCAAGAGCAGAGCAACAAAGACUAAGCAACAAGCUCAGAGUCAUUUCUCUUUGGCCAUCAAAGAAGCCUUUUCCAUCGCAAGCAUUGCUCUUCCAAUGAUUCUCACAGGCCUUCUUCUCUACUCGCGUUCCAUGAUCUCCAUGCUCUACCUCGGCCAAUUAGGCGAGCUGGCGCUUGCUGGAGGCUCCCUUGCCGUUGGUUUUGCCAACAUUACCGGGUACUCAGUUCUCUCUGGCCUUGCUAUGGGAAUGGAACCCAUCUGUAGCCAAGCUUUUGGAGCCAAGAGGUACACUGAUCUAGGCCUUUCUCUGCAACGAACAAUUCUGUUGCUGCUUGUUACUUCUUUUCCAGUGGCCGUCUUGUGGCUCAGCGUGAGAAGAAUUCUCUUGUUAUGUGGUCAAGAUGAAGCUAUAGCCAUCGAAGCUCAAUCGUAUCUUCUGUAUUCUCUUCCAGACCUCUUAGCUCAAUCUUUAUUGCAUCCCAUAAGAAUCUAUCUAAGAACACAGUCGAUAAAUUUACCUCUGACAUUUUGUGCAACUCUUUCAAUAAUUCUGCACAUUCCCAUAAACUAUAUUCUUGUCAUUAAACUUGGUCUAGGAACAAAAGGCGUCGCGCUGAGUGGAGUUUGGACAAACUUCAAUCUUGUCGCUUUGCUAAUCGCGUACAUACUUGUAUCUGGCAUUCACAAGAGAACUUGGGAACGAUGGUCCAUUGAAUGCCUUACAGGAUGGCAAUCUUUACUGAAUUUAGCAAUUCCAAGCUGCAUUUCGGUUUGUCUUGAAUGGUGGUGGUAUGAAAUCAUGAUUCUGCUUUGUGGGUUAUUUGUAAAUCCGAGAGCCACGGUGGCUUCAAUGGGAAUUCUGAUUCAAACCACAUCACUUAUCUACAUAUUCCCAUCUUCUCUCAGCUUCAGUGUAUCAACUAGAAUUGGUAACAAGUUGGGCGCCAACAAGCCUGCAAAAGCCAAGCUUGCUGCUAUCGUGGGCGUUUCUUGCAGCUUUGUGUUGGGACUGUCGGCGCUUCUCUUUGCAGUAAGCGUGAGAAAUGUCUGGGCUACUCUGUUCACGCAAGAUAAAGAUAUCAUAGCAUUGACAUCCCUGGCUUUGCCUAUAAUUGGUCUGUGUGAGCUCGGAAACUGUCCACAAACCACCGGGUGUGGAGUGUUGAGAGGAACCGCUAGGCCUAAAAUUGCAGCAAACGUAAACUUGGGUUGUUUUUACUUGGUGGGAAUGCCAGUGGCUGUGGGAUUGGGGUUCUUCAUGGGGCUCGAUUUUGAAGGGCUGUGGUUGGGUCUAUUGGCGGCACAAGCCUCGUGUGGAGUCACCGUGUUGAUCGUAAUGGCUCGAACUAACUGGGACGUUGAAGCACUGAGAGCUCAAGAGCUCAUAGCAGGAGCUGCAGAGGCAGUCAUAACUGAAAACAAAGAAGAAUUUUUUGUCUAAGUGCAUGACUUAACAAUAAGUUUGAAACAAAUCAUUCACUAGUUUUAGUCUACUUUUCUUCUGAGAUAGUUCGCGAACUACGGACAAAAGUAGUUCUACAAGAAAAAUUGAUCCAUUAGAAGUCCAAACCAGUCUAUU